GGGCCUGUUGCAACUUUUGAAAGCCCCUGAAAACUUGAACAGCGCAGACACACUCUCUCUCACACUCGAACCAAAUGGCGGCGGCGAUUUCGUCCUCUCAUCUAUUACUCCGAUCAGACAAAGCCUCUCACUCCUCCUUCUCCGGCCAGAGCCUCCGACGAUCGCCUCCACUUUCCGGCAAGUUCGCCAGCAUUUCCGUCUCUUCUCCGGCCUCGUCGUUCCGAAGAAUCUCGUGCCAGGCCUCCUCUACUGCCUCUUCGCCGUCGUCGGUGGCAGCCGGAACAGCGAAAGCAGGACAGAAGGAUUUUUUGCGCAUAGAUGACUUUGACAAAGCCACAAUUCUAAAGAUGUUGGAUAGAGCAGCGGAAGUGAAGGCGCUGCUAAAGUCAGGAGAGAAGACAUAUCUCCCGUUUAAGGGGAAGACGAUGGCUAUGAUCUUUGCAAAGCCAUCCAUGAGAACUCGUGUUUCAUUUGAGACUGGGUUUUUCCGGCUAGGAGGUCAUGCGAUAUACCUAGGACCUAAUGAUAUCCAGAUGGGGAAGAGGGAGGAAACUCGGGAUGUCGCGCGUGUUUUGUCUCGCUAUAAUGACAUUAUUAUGGCACGUGUAUUUGCUCAUCAGGACAUCCUUGAUUUGGCCAAAUAUUCAACUGUACCUGUUGUCAAUGGCCUGACAGACUAUAACCAUCCAUGUCAAAUUAUGGCCGAUGUCCUCACUAUUAUUGAACACAUUGGCCAGUUAGAAGGAACUAAGGUUGUCUAUGUUGGAGACGGAAACAACAUUGUGCACUCUUGGCUGUUGAUGGCUUCUGUUAUACCUUUCCACUUUGUUUGUGCUUGCCCUAAAGGUUUUGAACCAGAUAAGGAAACCGUUGAGAAGGCACUACGGGCUGGUAUUAGCAAGAUUGAAAUCACAAAUGAUCCCAAGGAAGCAGUCAAAGGUGCUGAUGUUGUGUACUCAGAUGUGUGGGCCAGCAUGGGGCAAAAGGAAGAGGCUGCGCAUCGGCAACAAGUUUUUAAAGGAUUUCAGAUCGAUGAGAAUCUUAUGAAGAUAGCAGGGCCAAAAGCUUAUUUCAUGCAUUGCUUGCCAGCAGAAAGAGGAGUGGAAGUGACUGAUGGAGUGAUCGAGGCUCCAAAUUCCAUCGUCUUUCCACAAGCUGAGAAUCGUAUGCACGCACAGAAUGCCAUAAUGCUUCAUCUGCUUGGCGUAUAGUUCCCUAUCAGCCCAGUUGUAUGGACAAGAAUAUGAGAGCAUUUCAGCGCAUCUAGGUUCUGAGUUUAGUUUCCGGCUGUAAUCUUAAUGUUGUUUGUUAUUAUAUCUGUGGCUUGAGAACAUGGCAACUUUAACUUUGAUGUAUUUGUUACAUGGAAAUAGCUUUUCAGCACAUGUUUAAACUCGGUGGGAUCAGUGCACACCUGCAGAACCUAAAAUAGGAAAGAUUAACAGUGCCAG